AAGCAUGAUAGCGUUAAAAUACCAGACUAAAGAAUUAAUGGGAUUGGUAUAAAAGGGCUUGCUAAAGUAUCUUUACUUUAUACUCAGAAGAAGUCUUAUAUUAUAAAAAUGGUCAACACUUUCCAAAUAGCCUCAAUUGCUGCUAUCGCUACUACCGCCUUCGCUUACACAUCAGAAAAAUCCAUUGUUGCUCAACGGACAAGGACGUCAAGAAAUCCACUGGAAAAAAACAAGGCUUUCAUAUCUACUGGUGACAUUGUUUCACAACUUUCUCUUAACUGUAACAACAUCGCAUUGGGCGGGAACAUCUUAAUCGAAGACCAGUGCAAGAACACUCCAGCAUGUUGUGAGGAUGUUUCAGGUAGUACCCUCUCCUGUAGCCCGCUCACCCUUGUUUAA